AUGCAAACUCUAUUAACUGUUAAUGUUGUGUGGGAAAACCACUUGCAGGGAAAGAACCACAUUGAACUCAAGGAGCACCUUAGAGAGUUUGAUAUAGAUGAAGAUCCCAAAACAGUUGAUCAGGACGAUAAUAAUAGUGAGCCAUUGACGAGAGGAUGUCUUCCACUUUCUACUCUCGUCCAAUACAAACGCAAGCGCCAACUAGACUCUUUUGGAAGCUACAACAACUCAAGCCAGACCACUCGGGACGCUGUUUCUUCUGUUGCCGCCACGCUGGAGGAGAAUGAAGCAGAACCAUUUGCGACAAUGGUGCCUACAAGCUCCUCCACCGAGCUGAUCGACCAUCUGGAGAAGGAGAAACAGCAGAUGGCUGUGGCGAGAGAGACUUAUAACCUUGACCUGAUGAAUGCAGAAGUGAUGGUGAGUAUUCUUCAGGGGCAGGUUGAUGCAUUGCGUGCGGAAAACGAGGAGCUGAAGAAGACCAACAGCAACAAGGGAUAAUGCUCUUGUACUUGUGAGCUGCGUGGACCUAUUGGGAGCCUAUAUGAAUCUAUAAUUGUAAAAAAAAAAAAAUUAGAUAGAAACAAGUAUUAGUGUUGAGGCUAGUAUUAGUAUCGAUCUUGCACGUUUGUAUAGACAUUGAUGAUUGGCUCCACAACCUUUAUUUUAAGUAUUAACAAAUAGUCACCUAACUAAUACUUUAAUAGCAUCAUAUGAAUCAAAUAUUCAUCAAACUUCGGAUUUUAACAUGCUAAGUUGCUAACUGACAUAAGUGGAUGUAGA